AUGGAGGAGCCUUCUCGCGUGUGUGCCCCACGGAUCCCUUCCAGGGCCGAGGGAAACGUCAAUGGCGAGGCCAGAAAAGACAGGAUUUUUGCGGACCAAGGCGAACAGUUGCCCGCGGAUUUCUUUGGUGGAGACAGUGGACUAGAUCAGCAGGCCGUCGCCGGGGCCCGACUUGCGUCGGCGCCGUCGUCAGCACCAUGCUACUUGAAAAUGCUCAUCAGCAACCAACUUGCCGGCAUGAUCAUUGGCAACACCGGACAAGAAAUCAAGCACCUGAAGCAGGUCACCGGCGCGAAAAUCGUUCUGUCCCCGCACGGUAUGUACUUCCCCGGUACAACCGAGCGGCUUGUCGCGGCGGAGGGCACGGAACGCGCUGUCUUCCAAGUGGUCGACUGGAUUAUCGAUCGUCUCCACGACAUUUCCCUGACCCCAACUUCCCAGUCCUCCACCUGCGCCGAGCUCUUGCGUCCGAACGCGUCCCGCGCGGGGGGGCCGGCAGCGCUGCAACCGCGAACCCUGGCAUGCAAGAUAUGUGUGCCGCGCGCGGUGAUUGGAAGCCUCAUUGGAAAGAACGGAGGCUACAUUCAGUCUGUUCGUUUGGCCACGGAGGCCAACAUCAACAUUUCCCCCCUCUUCGUGACCGCCGAUGAGGCUUGUGCCGAGCGGAUCGUCACAGUUGAGUCGCAUCGAAAACAGAGUUUGAGGACAGCCGUAUUCACGCUCGCUCGGAAAAUCAAUACACACCCUGAGAAAGCAACGUGCAAGCAUGUCUGCUACUAUCGCAAACUGAACUUUGAGUCCCCACAUCUGCCCGCUGCGAAUGAGAGAGAGAACCGCCAGGCGGGAUCUCGGGGCAGGAACCAGCAGAACCUCUUCCCCUCGAGGAAUGCCUACCUGGAUCAGUCCUCCGCGAACUCUGCUGCCAACAGCAACGACGAGACAGACUUCUUUGGGUCGUCCUUCGGCGCCAAUCCACAUGGGCCGCGCAGCUCCCUCUCGAAGAUCGGAGGCAUGGCGCCUCGGCACGACGACUUCAGUGCCUUCGAGGCGUUUUCGUUGGCACAUGCCCGCCAUACCUCGGGUCAGCAGCAGCAGUCUUCCCCGUCGCUUGCCUCCCUCGUCUCGCGAGUGGCAAGUGUGGCGGGUGGCGAAUCAUUUGCGCAUUCCCAAUCGCAGCCUUCGGUCGACUCGUCAACGGCUGUCGACAGCGGUAGCGACGGAGUCAUGUCGCCCGCACGCAGCGACCACAUGGGGCAGAUGGCGCCUGGUCUCUUUGAUCCGCGAGCAGAGUUUUUUGCUCAACAAGCUGGCGUCAUGCAGAACUCCCAGAACACGACCACCACCACAGUCGUCGUGCGCCGAAGCGCGAUGAAUGCCAGUCUGCGGGGCAUGGCGGCGGCAGAUGCCGUAACAGGCCAGAGGCUCCUGAAGCAAGUCGCGGGUGAAAAGGGCGGCAGCGGUGGAUCUCCAGAUGCAGGCGAAGACACAGGUGGACUAGAUCUCGCUCACGACGCGCCGUCAACAGUCUGCAGCACAGCGGCCGGCAGUAUGGCGCGUCUCGCCAGCAUGCUCCAGAGUAUCCAGGAGGAGUGUGAGCAACAGGAGUGGAAGAACAUGAGUUCGAGUGUGUCGGAUGGACAGCGCAAGGUGUCAGGCUAUUCGCGGUCAGGCUCCGGCUCCGACGUCGUGAGAGGCUCGACUCUGGACGCGAGCGCUCCAGAGUUCUUCCCGCUGGCGUCACGGACUGAGGAGCUACUCGGCGACGGGAGAAGGUUUAUCGCCAACGCCGCAGUGCCCACACUUGCAGCCUGCAGCACGGCACCAGCUUCUGUCGUGGUCUCCGGAUCGAGUCAGAAGAGCCAUGCGACUGAGGUGGCGACCGCCGAUCGUCCGCAGCUCAUCGUUGCACAUACAACCAGUGCGUCAAAGGAAGAGAAGAGCGCGGCAGUCAGCGGAGUAGUCUCGGCACCGACUGCCGGUGCUUUGGCGGGAGCGGUGGCGCGUACUCGCUUUUCCGGCCUCGCCGAGUGCCUCGAUGAUAGCUUUAUGGCAUUUAUGAAGAUCUGGACUCUUGCGCUUAUUUUCGGCGCCCUUAUCGCAAUCGCGGCGAAAUGUUUUUUUGUGGAGUGGUGA